UUUUCUUAUUGGUGACUGCUGAUCAAGUUUGUGUUAUAGUUUUUUUCUUCUCUUUGAGUAUAUAUAUUACUUUCAGAGUUAGUCAUUAUGAUUCUUCACGAACAAAUUCAAAUGUUGUUUGAUAACAAACUUUAUACAAAUAUUGUUGCUCUGGCUCCAAUGGUUCUUUCAGCUACUGAUAACAAUCCUGAGCUUUUACCUCCUGCAAGCAUUGCUCAAACAAUGGUGUACCUUGCAGAUUCAUUCCUUGAACAAAAGGAAUAUGGAAAAGCAGAAGUUUAUUACAGAAAAGCCCUAGAUCUGAGAAAAACCCUUUCUAAACAAAGGGGGAUGGGAAACAGUGCUGCCAAAGAGCUUUCAGCCGAAACAGAGAUUCGCUAUCAAAUGCACAUAUGUCACCUUGCUUUAAAACAGUCAGUGCAAGCACUUCUUGUCCUUCAAGGGAUCCCAGCCAAACUACGAUCAGUUAGGGUUAAUAUGGCUUUAGGCAAGUUGUAUGUUAUGAAUGGGCUUGAACGCCCAGCCAUUUCUGCUUUUAAAGAGGUUAUUCGUGAAUGUCCUUUGGCCCUAGAAGCUAUAUUGGCUUUGAUUAAACUUGGAGUUAGUUAUGUUGAACUUGUUCGUUUAAUUUUUAAUGGAAACCCAUCAAAUAACUUAGAUUGGGUUGUUCAGUGGAUCAAAGGACAGUGCCAUCUUCAUUCUUGUGAAUAUCUGAGUGCUUCUACCAUUUUUUGCCAUUUGCAAGAUGCAUCAUUGCUCAAAGAUGAUGUAACAAAUUUGGUAUCACAAGGAACAACCCUUUUCUUGGCUGGGGAUGGAGCAGGCGCCCUUCUACCGCUUCAACGAGCGCAUUCCCUCGAUCCUUUGUCGUUAAAAGGAAUGGAUAUUUUAGCAGUCAUUUUAGCGAAUGAAAAGAAAAAUGUUGAACUUGAAGCACUAGCUCUCAAGCUAAUCUCUGUUUCUGAUUCUAGCUUCGAGUCGUGGGUGGCCAUGGGAUACCAUUAUCUUUUGUCACGCAAACUAACUCGCGCUCUAUAUCUUGCACACAAAGCUUGCACAUGUUGCAUUCCAACCCCUGGGAUCGAGCCCCUAAUCCUCAAAGGUACGAUUUUACAAGAGCUUAAAAAAUGGCCUGAAGCUAUCACACAUUUUAGGGAAGGAUUACAGACAGCUCCGCACCGAUUCGAAAUCUAUCGUGGUAUAGUUCACUGUUAUCUAGCGCUUCAGCGAAGUCGAGAAGCCAUGAAUAUAGCUGCUAGCUCUCUUCAUCAUAUUGGUCACACACCUCGCACCUUCACGCUCUACGCAUCCGUCCUGUUGAAGGAUCCUGUUACAACCGCAAAGGGCAAGGUGUUCCUUGAAAGAGCUUUGAACAUGGAUCCUCGAUACACUCCUGCUGUAUUCCUUUUAAUCGACUCGUAUGAGCAGGCUGGCCAGAGAUCAAAAGCCAUUGAACUGCUUACCAAGCAAAUUAAUCAGCAACCUACAAACAGGUUACAUCAUAUUUUGGGAGACCUAUUCAUAAAAAAUGGAGAUAUGGAUAAAGCAUUGGAACAGUACAAUUCUGCACUAAUGCUUGAACCGAAUAAUGUAAAAACCAUUGAGGCUAUCAAUAGGCUUGAAAACGCAUUGGUAGCUAAACUAGAAAAUCAUCUGGAUUUGGAAGCUGAUGAUCUUCCUGAUUCUGAUGAAGAGCCAACCAUUGAAGAAGUCGACAUCGAUCCGAUGGGUGGAAUGUGGGCCGACAUGAACUUGGAUCAAUUUCGGUAGUUUCAUGAUUUAUUUGUACAAUCACUCAAAAAUACAUUUUCUACAAAAAGUA